GACUUCUUUGGGUUUCUCUUCUCUCUCUUUUCGAGUUAACCAAUGUCAAUUUUUUAUCCAAUAUGUGUACACAUUUUUAGUCCUUUUUUUAUAACAGUGUUAACCCAUUAGUUUCAUUGUUUUAUUUAUACCUUUCAUGACACCCAACACUUGAACUAUGCCUUAGGCUAGUCUUUUUUACUUCGCUCCCUGUGUCUACGUUUAAUCAUGCUUUUCAACAUUCUUAUCUAAACAUGGCUUCCACUCUGAUUCAACAUCUGAUCAUCUGUUGUCGUCAACUUUAACUUAAUAUGUAUUGAAAAGUGAAAAGGACUCCAUCCAAAUGUACAAUUGUAGUUGGUUAAUGUUACUGUGAUCCGGUACUGUUUUAUAUUUAUCCUUUUGCCGUUUUUCAUUACACCUUGAUUUUUGACCACCUCAAGGAUUUAUUUAAUCAUGGUAACUGACAUUAAAGCUUGGUUUAAUCAUGUCACAGUUUGCUGGAGAGGCUAUUUCUCGAUAAGUGUUAUCUUACUUCUUUCACCUCUUCUCAUUUUCGGCUACAACGAUCCGAAAUGCCGAUGUGCCUUUGUGGUACUUUUAAUGACCAUUUACUGGGCCAUACAACCAAUCCCAAUGGGAGUUACUGCACUGUUUCCCGUGUUUAUGCUUCCAAUCCUUGAACUGGCCACUUCGGAGGAAGCCUGUCGUCCAUAUCUUCAAGAGGCCAACAUGGUUUUCGUGGGAAGCCUUAUAUUUGCUGCGGCCAUUGAGAGUUCAAAUCUUCAUCGACGAAUCGCAUUGUUUGUAUUGAAAAAUAUUGGCUCACAAUUGGACAUGAUUAUGCUCGGAUUUAUGGGAAUCACCAUGUUUAUUGCUUGGUGGAUUACCAAUACAGCUACAACUGCUCUUAUGUUACCAAUAAUGGAUGCAGUCUUACAUGAGAUUCAGCCCAAAGAAACUGACAGUUGGAAUGAUUGUUUAAAAAAAUCAGACUCCAAGAGAGUGGACAACAUUAAUAAUAAUGACACUAAUAAUAAUGAUAAAAAUAAUAGUAUUAAGGGUAAAACUAAUAACAUUACAAACAAUGAUGGCAAUAAUAAUGACACUGACCACCAUCAAAAUGGACAUUUCAUGGUGACAGUUAAUGGUAACAAGGAGAGCAUUGAAUUGUCUGAUGAGAUGGGCUUAAAAGAUCGAACUUUAAAAUCUGGUUCACCCAAAUCAUGGAAUAAUCAGCAAACAAAUGACAAUCAAGAUGGCGAUUCCAGUGUAUUACAAAGCUCUUCAAAUCCAACAAGUGAAUCCAAAAUUGCUCAGUUGCGUAAAAUCAUGUACAUUUCAAUAUCAUCCUCAGCCAAUGUGGGUACAACUACAACCUUAACAAGUGGCGGACCCAAUUUGGUCUUAGCUUAUGUACUAGACGAGUGGUAUCAUGAAAGGACUUCAGUUGACUAUCUGAACUGGCUAAUGUUUGCUGCUCCUGGUUCAUUGUUGACCAUCCUGUUGAACUGGAUUAUAUUCAAAUAUCUCUAUCUGAGAAAACAUAAAGUAUCAAAGACCAAUUCAAAAGCAAAUAAUGUCUUACAAGAAAAGUAUAAACAACUUGGAACUUUAAGAUUCCAUGAGAUUGCAGUCGUUAUUUUAUUUGUUACCUUAGUGCUUCUAUGGAUGUUCCGUGAUCCUCAAUACCUUCGUGGAUGGUCCACAAUUUUUCCCGAAAAAUAUCGACCCAGAGAUGCUGCCGUCGUUAUUUUCAUGGUGGCAGUUUUGUUUUUUAUACCCUCAAGACCCUUUGGACCCUAUCCUUCGCCUGGUUUAAUCGAAUGGCCCAAAGUACAAAAUAAACUCGUUUGGAGUGUUAUCCUCCUUCGUGGUGGAGGUUACGCAGUUGCUAAAGCCACUCAGACUUCAGGACUUUCUGCAUACCUUGGAAACAUGUUCACAAAGAUUAACGGUCUUCCAGUUGUCAUGCUUAUCAUCAUUUUUGCCAUCAUUGCUGGAUUUUUAACUGAAUUUGCCAGCAAUUCAACAACCGCUACAAUCGUUUUACCUGUUGUUGCUCAAGUUGCUGCAUCAAUUGGAAUCAAUCCAUUAGUCUUCCUGAUUCCUGUUACCAUGGCUUGCUCAAUGUGUUUCAUUUUACCAGCAGGAACUCCAGCCAAUGCGUUAGUCUAUGAACAUGCUGGUCUAAAACCUUCUGAUAUGGUUAUUCCAGGUUUAUUGAUGAAAGUCACCAGUUUAGCUGUUAUCGUUGCUAAUCUUAACCUUCUUGGUUAUCCAAUUUUCGGAUUAUCAACAACACCAGACUGGGCUCGAGCAACAUUCAACAGUACUUUAAUUUCUUGACAGCAUAUUAUUCAACAACUAAUUUACGCUAGUUAACAUCCAAUUACUAUUACUAUAAAUUGGAUUAGUAUUUACUAUUGUCGACUAAUUAUUCUGUUGACAUGAAAUUUUGCAAAACAAUUAUUUUUUGACUUUAUUAAAUAAUAAUGCAAUUUUUUCUAUUAAA